GCAUACAAUCUGACAGUGACUGAAUGGAGGGCCCCUGGAAUUCGGGGCCCCCCAGGGCAGUUUUCUUCUUCUUCAUGACUCAAUAUGUGACUUUUUGCGUGACGCCAACGUUCAGCGACAGUAACACAACUGCAUUGAAGGAUCACAUUUCCUGUAAAUCCGAUUUAAAAACAAAAUGUUGGAUUAUUCCACCAGGAUGGAGUCUUUAAAGCAGACCCCAGAAGAGAAUGUACAACAAAAUAUAAAUAAUGCGGUUACUUUAUACGACUGUUAAAGUGUCUGCCAUUGCAAUAAAAGACACAAAGGCGUCAAGGAGGCUGUAAAAGUCACCUUGUACUGCUUCUGCUUCAGACUAUUCGAUUCCAAAAUAUGUUCUACUUACUUGUGAGUGCAGAUAUGAGCAUGUUUCCAUCCUUAAUGAGGUCUUUGAUAAACCUGUUGGUUCGGUCCAGUUCGAUCUCAUGGCACUGGAGCCUCUCUCGGAACUCCGGGCUGUCCAGGAAAGAGUCGCUGAACUCCAGCGUCGGCAAGCCCAUGUCUGGCUCGGCGAAAGACGGCGAUCGGGGCUCCACAAAGUCGGGGGAAAAGUAUGUCUUCACGGUGUCCUGCUGUCCUGGAAGGCUUCGGGGUCAGACGUUUGCUCCACUUGAUCUUUUUUCAUUCCGUUCUUGCCUUUUUCCUCCUCACGACUUCCGGAGCAGCGAUGACAGCAUUGAAGCUAGCCUAGACCAGAAAGGCUGGAACAUGCACAUCAUGUUCGGAGGAACCCUGAGGAAAAACCUGACUGACACUGCCAAACCACUACUUCACCGGUACUUCACUAAGUACUGACUGUCCAGCCCAGAGCGGCAACAUAUAAGACGGCAGCAGGCUGAACAUGGCCUGUCAAUCACGCAGACGCUAUGAGACGCCAUGGCGACCGAUCUAAACAUGCCUCGAGUACACCGCAGAGGCUCAGUACUGCAUCCUGUUCUCCAGCAAGCGGCAGCAUGGAACCAUCAAACCAAAUGUACAUGGAGAACCUUCAACACUCACGUCACCAUCAUAACUUCUUUCUACGGGCUCGACCUUACAGGGGGGAGCUGCCCACAGUGGCAGGCUUUCUCCUCUACCCAGAUACCCCAGCCAAGAUGGAGAGCACAUCACAUGAGGCCUUCAGCUUCAGGACUGUCCCACGGCAAGACAAAGACGAACACAGGUACCAGAACUCACAGCAGGAGACCACGCCCCAUUCUCACACAUCAUCCUCCAGACAGACAGGAAGUGGACACGGCAGCAGACAUGGCCGACCAGCAGAGGACGAGCAAGCGGAAACGAUGCUGUCUCAGUAUCAGAAGGACUUCCCUCCUCCGUCCUCGUGGCGCAGGAGGACGACCCCAGCUCUCCCACAGCCGGAUAACAUCGGCAUCAACCCGGCUUUCAGGAUCGACUUCAGGACAGUCCAGAGGGACACGUUCCCCAACUGGCCCAAAACCGAGACGGACAUGGAAAGAUCUUCUAAAACGCACUGACCAUCAACGCGACAGACUUUAAAAGACCUUGUCACCGCUCCUUGCUCGGAUUGUAACGCCAUGUUUGAUUCCAAAAUGAACAUAAUACAGAAUAAACUAUGUGCUUUUAUUUGAA